AUUGAACAUACGCCCCAGCAAAUGUCAGCUGGAUGAGUUUCAAUUACAGUUCAGUGGGAUAGUGACAAGCAAAAUUAUUAAAAAUGGUUUUGGAAAGUACUAUGAUAUGUUUCGACAAUAGUGAUUACCAAAGAAAUGGUGAUUACUUUCCGACGCGAUUAAAUGUCCAGAAAGAUGGUAUCAACCUGGUUUGCCUGACAAAAGUUCGAUCUAAUCCGGAGAAUAAUGUUGGCCUGAUGACCAUAUCCAACACCGUUGAGGUGCUUGCUACCCUUACAAGUGAUGUAGGACGUAUUUUUUCAAAGAUGCAUUUAAUACAACCAAAAGGAGAAAUCAAUUUACUCACUGGCAUUCGUAUUGCGCAUUUGGUUCUCAAGCAUCGUCAGGGCAAAAAUCACAAGAUGCGUAUUGUUGUGUUUGUGGGUUCACCAAUAAAUAAUGAGGAGGGUGAAUUGGUAAAACAAGCCAAACGUUUAAAAAAAGAAAAAGUUAACGUCGAUAUCGUCAGCUUUGGAGACCAUGGAAAUAACAAUGAAAUUUUAACUGCUUUCGUUAACGCACUAAAUGGAAAAGAUGGUACAGGUUCCCAUUUAGUUAGCGUACCUCGAGGAUCGGGAUUGUCCGAUGCAUUGUUAUCCUCACCAAUAAUACAAGGUGAAGACGGCAUGGGAGGGGCAGGUUUGAGUGGUGCUGGUUAUGAAUUUGGUGUUGAUCCCAAUGAAGAUCCGGAAUUGGCACUUGCUUUACGUGUAUCAAUGGAAGAACAACGUCAACGCCAGGAAGAAGAACAACGUCGGGCUCUUUCUGAAUCAAAUACUGCAGGUAAUACAGAAGCGAAUGCUGGCAGUGCCACAACAGAUACCGAAAAAACUAGCACAAAUGUUGGUACUGCUCUUGAAGAGCCGAAUUCUGAAGAAGCAAUGUUGCAACGUGCUUUGGCAUUAUCUACAGAAACGCCAGAAGAUAACUUGCCUGAUUUCGCUAACAUGACUGAAGAAGAGCAGAUAGCUUUCGCUAUGCAAAUGUCAAUGCAGGAUGCAGCUGAUGAGACCGUAACUCAACAGGCCAAACGUCCUAAAACGGAAGAAAAUCAACCAAUGGAUGUCGAUGAGGACUACUCCGAAGUUAUUGGUGAUCCAGCAUUUCUACAGAGUGUACUGGAAAAUUUACCUGGCGUCGACCCGCAAUCAGAAGCUGUACGCGAUGCAGUAGGUUCACUCAGUAAAGAAAAGGAAAAAGACAAGAAAAGUGAUGACGGAGACCAAUCUCAAUAAAUCUUAUUUGUGGCGAAUUCCACUAAGCAAACUUCAGUAAUAAAACUGUAUUGAAUCGUAAUAUGAAUUAUUUUAUAAUAAACUUGCAUUAAAAUGUAA